AUGAUACCAGUUCUUGUGGGAGCUCUGAUAUUACUUACCUAUUCAUUUCGACUGCUUGACCCAUAUCGGCCAAAAUGGACAAAACCACUGCUGAAGGAGACCAAAAUUCAGUCCGAUGAUUUUAAAGACUCGUCUCGACACCAAUUCGCAUGGUCAACUUAUGGGAUAUUAGCAGUUGCAUCGAUCGGCCUCAUCCAACAAGUCAGCAGUGCCUAUCUACCCAUUGUCGUGGCGUCGUUCUCUGUUGUUCCAUCGCUCGCUUGGGCUAUUGCUGUUGCUAUUAUCGUGGUACGGCGACCGCGAACUGCUUCUCUUUCUUUGCUGUUUCUGUUCGCUUCCAUUGUGCUUUCCGAACUAGCCAUUCUGAUAUCAGAAGCCGAGCGACCAGCCUUUGCUUUAGGUCCUGUUGUAGCGCUCAUGGGCAUCGUGGUUAUCCUCAACAUGCCUCUUAGGGAUCCAGCUCUUCCAAGCGAAGAUGUUAGUCCUGUAUAUGGCCCACCUACGGUGAAACUCAGAACGCCGGAGGACAGCUUAACUCCGCUCCAAUACAUGACUGUAUCGUGGAUGGGCCCUUUGAUCGAAAAAGGAAUGACGCGUAAGAUGGAUGAUGAAGACGUAUGGGAUUUGGGCUGGGAGUUCAAGCAUGCACGGCUUCACGAAGCUUUUCGAACGUUACAGGGAUCAGUCACGCGGCGAAUAUUCGUGGCUAAUGGUAUGGACGCUUUGCGAACCACAAGUCUUAAUCUGCUGCGACUGUGUGCAACGCUUUUGACACCAGUUUUACUACAGCAGCUGCUGGGUUCGAUGAAAGAUGUCACUUCGCCACGCAGUGCUACAAUCACAUAUGCUUUCAUAUCAUUGUUUGUGCGCUUGCUGUCCUCACAGUGUAACGUCUUCAAUCUCUGGUAUCAGCGACGCGCAUAUGAAAGGUCACGAGGUCAAUUGAUCACAAUGCUAUAUGAAAAGACCCUCAAUCGUAAGAUCCUCGGUGCAAAACAGGAAAGUAAAGACCAUGCCGAUGGCGAGACCAGUGCAGAAUGUAACGGCGAAGCCAAUGAAUCCACACAACCAGUUAAAGCUGUACCUCAGAGCAAACUCAGGAGACUCUGGCUCCGCAUCCGGUCACUGCUGUCAAAGAAUAAAAAACAAGAAAAAGAGGAGGAAAACGCCGCUGCAUCUAUGGGCAAGAUCCUUAAUCUUAUGCGAAACGACGUCUACGAGAUUUCACAGCGGUUUUGGGAAUUCUCUGACAUCAUAGUCAAGCCACUUGGAGUAAUUGGGUCUACUCUGCUCAUCUGGCGCAUGCUUGGAUGGUCUUGCCUUUUAGGGGUGCUUGCACUUGCGCUCACGCAGGUACUCAGUGUCGUCCUUGCACGCUACCAGGUGUACUUUGAGAGAAAGCGGAGAAAGGUAACAGACGAGAAGCUACAGAGGACUACGCAGUUCAUCGAGUCGAUCAGACAUCUUCGCUGGUAUGGUUGGCAUGAAGCAUGGCUCAAGGGCAUCCUCGAUUCCAGGCAGGCAGAGCUGCAUUUGCGCGUUCUGCAAAUCAUCUUCACUACCUCGUUGGCUUUUAUCAUGAGGUUUGGCUCUGGGUUAUUCCCAGCCGUCGCUUUCUACGCGUUCACCAAAUUGGCCGGAAAACCACUCAGCGUCGAUCUCAUCUUUCCAGCAAUCGACUUGUUCAGGCUGUUGGAGUCAUACUUGGGAGCCUUACCCCCCCUCAUCACGACUCUACUCAAUGCUUACAUCGCCAUGGGACGCAUCGAAGCUUUCAUGGCUGAGCCUGACAAGGAAGAUGUUGCUUUGGUCUCCGAUGGUGUCGAUGAGUUAAGCUUACAAGGUGCAUCGUUUGCAUGGCCAGGGGUGGAGAAGAGCGUACUCGAGGAUAUCACCUUAUCUUUUCCAUUAGGCUUGACUGUCAUAUAUGGCGAGGUAGCUUCGGGCAAGACAGCGCUGCUACAGGCGUUACUUGGAGAACUUGACAAAACCGCUGGAGAGCUCGUUCGUCCCGACCAAGUCAUCGGUUACUGUGCUCAAACUCCAUGGCUACAGAGCAUGAGCAUCCGCGACAACAUCCUCUUCUCAGAGCCUUACGAUGAGCUACGGUAUAAGCAGGUCUUGGAAGCUUGCGCGCUCAUACCCGAUAUGGUCGAAUUCAAGCACGGUGAUCUAUCAAACAUUGGCGAGAAUGGCAUUGGCCUGUCAGGGGGCCAGAAGGCUCGUGUGGCACUCGCUCGAGCCGUCUACAGCAAAGCGAAGCUCUUGUUUCUCGAUGACCCUUUGUCUGCAUUGGAUCAUCAGACUGCUGACUUCAUUGUACACAAUCUGCUCAACAGCUCACUAGUUGAAGGCCGAGUUACCGUAUUGGUUACACAUCGGACCGAGCUCUGCCACGACCUGGCAAAGCAAUGGGUACAGCUUGACCACGGACGAGCAACCAUCCACGAGCCUACGAAGCAGGAUGACAGGAAUGCGCUGAAGAGAGCGCAGACAAAUGAGUCACUCUCGGAGGAAGAGGCCAAGAAGAGAGAAGAAGAGCAAGCUGCUGCCAUUCCUGACAAAUUCAUCGAAGACGAACAUCGGGCUGAAGGCGGGGUCAAGCUCAGAGUGUACUGGCGUUACAUCAAGGCUGGUACGCUACAAUGGUGGGCUAUCUCGAUCGUCGUGAUGGCACUGUACAGAUUCCUUGACGUCGCUGAGACUUGGUUCGUCAAAGCAUGGGGCGAGGGAUACGAGAACAAACACAGCGACGGCGUUUUCGGCUUCCUACCACCACCCACUGAAGACGUAGUGCCGUGGUUGUGGGUAUUCUUCGUGUUUGUUGCCGGGACAGCUGUGCUGUUCUGGUUUACAAACGUGAUUAUGUUUGGAGUGGGUUACAAUGCCGCAAAGGCAAUCUUCAAAGAGGCAGUGGACAAGGUCGCGCAUGCAACAUUCCGAUUCUACGACGUCACCCCCGUUGGGCGUCUGAUGAAUCGGUUGACCAGCGACAUGAACACUGUAGAUGGUGGUUUAAGCUCCGCAUUCACCGUCUUUGGAUGGCAGAUGAUUGGCUUUGUAAGCUGCAUCGUGGUGAUUCUGUCCUCUACGCCAGCGUUUCUCGCUUUCGGGCUUUUGCUGUGUUGUGGAUUCGUUUACAACUUCUACCGCUUCCUGCCGACAUCUCAGAGCUUGAGGCGCCUUGAGAUGGUGUCCCUUUCCCCACUCAUGUCCAACUUUGGCGCACUUGUUGAAGGCUUGACCACGGUUCGCGCCUUCAACGCUCAGCCACGCUUCCAGGCCCGAGUCAUCGAGGUUGUAGACAACUUCCAGAAGAACGAUCAUUUCUAUUGGUCGCUUCAAGCCUGGUUGUCGUUCCGGUUCAGCACCAUGUCUGCGAGCGCUACGCUUGUCAUGACACUCAUUGCUGUGUACACGGGCAUUUCUCCGGGACUGACGGCCUUUGUAUUGAUUACAGCAAGCAGAUUCGUCAUGUAUACUGAGUACAUGUGCCGAAUCUACGGUCAGCUGGAAAUGCAGUUCACAAGCGUGGAGCGUGUCAUUGAACUCCUCGACCUCGAGCAGGAAGCGCCUGGCGUUGUCGACCCUCCCGCCCACUGGCCGACCUACACAGGCAACAUCAUCUUUGAAAACGCUACCAUCCGCUACGCAGAGAAUCUUGACCCAGCUCUCCAAGACGUCUCCCUUACAAUCCCAGCCGGGAGCAAUACGGCAGUCAUCGGUCGUACCGGCUCUGGAAAAUCCACGCUUGCACUCUCGCUCCUCGCCACUAUUGUCCCGGAAAGCGGCCGCAUCCUCAUCGACGGCGUCGACAUCUCCACUGUAAAUAAACAAGCACUGCGAAGCCGCGUCACGUUCCUCGCGCAAGAGCCGGUCCUCUUUCCCGGCAGCAUGCGCAAGAAUCUCGAUCCACUUGACGAGUACUCAGACGGCGCAUGCGAAGCGGUACUCGCCAAGAUCGCCGGCAGCCACGGCUGGACACUGUCGACUAAUAUUGAGGGCGGCGGUAAAGGGCUGUCUCAGGGCCAGAGACAGCUAGUUGGUCUUGCCAGGGCGAUGCUACGAAGGAGUCCGGUUCUGAUCAUGGACGAAGCGACGGCGAGUAUCGACUUUGAGACUGCGCAGCGCAUUCAGAGCGUGCUGAGGGAGGAGAUGAAGGAGAGCACGGUGAUUACAAUUGCGCACCGUCUGGAAGCGGUGAAGAACGCGGACUAUUGUGUUGUGCUGGGGAAGGGGAGGUUGAUCAAGGCAGGGAAGGCCGAGGACAUGUUGAAGGAGGGGAGUGAGUUUAGUGAGAUGUUGGCGUGA